UCUAACGCUAAGGUCAGCUCCAUACUCUCAUCCAAAUCAUACAUCCAUGGUCCAAAUAUGUACACUUCUGGCUCCAAAAUUCAAAGAUGGCGAUGGUCAAAUCGCUAAACUCGAGGUUUCAAAACGGCAGUCGACAAACCAAUGGGUAACGUCACCGUGACUACGUCCAUUUAUUUAUUUAUUUUUACACAGUUUAUGCGUAACGUUGUAAAAUAACCUGCAGUUGUAGUCAAAUAAAACAUCCCUUAAAGUCAAAUAGAGGAAUAAUAUCCCACAAAUGUUGCAGAACAAUUUAGACUAAAUCUUAAAAGUGCUCAGACAUGUAGGUUACUGUUAACCAUUGCAGCUUUGCCAGAUUUACUCACUAGUAUACUAAAACAUUUACUUACAGCCACUCAAUAAUGGAUGAGACGUAGCAGUUCUUAACAAAUCUUAGCGUCACCUCAUUGUCUGGUGUAAGAAACAACUGCAUUUUGUCACAUCAGUUUCAUUCUGCGCUACAGUAGCUUGGUGCUAGAAUGGAUGUGGUAGCAGACUAUGCAAUAUCAAAAAUAUUGUUUAAAAAAUAUCAUAGAGUGUUACAUUUUUUCUUUGAAUAUUUUGUUUUUUGUGUGUUUAUAGUAUAUUAGAUUAUGUGAAGUAAUCUGUUUGUCUGCUCACAAAUUUACAUCAUGUUUUAAAAAAUAUAUAUCUGCCAGACUGGUGUCUUGCAAGCUUCUCUGCAGUUUUUUUAAUGGAUUUGUGUCACAGUGCAUAUCUCAUUAGAUGAACCAAACAAACGUCUUUUGAUCAAAAAUACAAAAUUGUCAUUAGGAAGUUCCACUGCCAAGCACCCCUACAAAGGCCAAUCCAAGUCAUCCCUCUUCUUUAUCCCGAGGGGAAAUUUCCUAGUUGACAGUCUGCAGUGUUUUCAUGUUUUCCAAGCUCAUAAAACAUGCAUUCUCCACCGCCAUGCAUGGAACACGCCCUGUUGAAGAAACGUUCCUCUACUUGUUGGUAUGCAUGGAAUUCGCAGGACUGUGACUCCAGAUUCUGAAACCAAUUAUUCAAAUAGCUGCCACUGUAACUGGCAGGGCAAGCGUGUCGAGAACAAGGGAGAGAAGCAUCUCAGAGAUUCAUAAUAAAACGGUCCCUGCUGUAUAGCGGAGUUACUUGUCUGCGCCAUUUUGAGAUAGAGUCUGUUGUCCUUGAGUUGGAGUUUUGCAGUCAGUCAUGUGUGAGAUGACUCUGAACUAAGGUGUUGAUCUGGGAUAAAUGAAAGUCUAUUCUAGCUUUCACUUCUAGUGCAUGUGUCUGCGCGCCAAGAGGAUCACAGUAAAGCCUUUUCUUGCUGCAGUUUUUAUGUUCAAGGAUAUGGAACGUGAUACUAAAUCAACUGACUUAACAUAAUGUCCCAUUUUGACUUAAUAGUGAAUUUCUGACAGUAUGGAUGGAUAAAUGGACUAACCUUUCCAUCUCCCCUCCACACGCACACUCUAGAAAUUUUAAUCAAACAGUGCAGAAUAGUGUGAUCAAGAGUAGUUAUAAGAAAAAACAAUGAGUUACCAUGAAAGUGACAUGAAGUUGAUUAAUCAUCCAUCAGGCCGUUCAGUUAUCUGCUCAGUCUGUAAACAACUCACAAAAGAUGUACACGGAUAUUCCAUCAGCGAGCGUGACCAUCUGAGCUAUGAAAUAUGAGAGCGUCAGAAAUAUAAGUUUUCAUUUAUCUUGUUCUGAAUACCUAGCGUUUAAAAUUCAUGGAGCAUCUUGUGGUGUAUUGUCAGAAUUUUGGUGAGGGAUGUCCUCAGGCCACCCCAUUAAUCUCUAUUAAACAGGGACAUGUCAGCAAGCUCUGUGUGUGUAUGUGUGUGUGUGUGUGUGUGUGUGUGUGCGUGUGCGUGUGGAUUAGAUGAUGCAUUUGUGAGUCUUUCCAGAAUUGAAUAUCAGGUGUUUGAAAGUACAGUUGCUUCAAACUUGUUCGUUCUAUAUCAAGACGAAAGAACUUGCUAUAGUAAAAUUCACACAUUUGCACUACCUGAAAGCUGUCUUCUGUUGCGAAAUCACUCAGCGUGGUCAUUGAAUCUACUAUCACAAUAUAAAAUUUCAUCUCUGAUUGCUCAAGUACCAACAUCUGCAUAAUUAUUUCACUGUGUGCCCUUCAUACCAGACAAGUAUGUUCCAAUUAGUGGUGAUAUAUUGGCUUGACAUCUCGUUUAGUGAGGACAGGCAGAUUGCAGGGCCAUGAUUGAAAGCUUAAUGAAUGAUUCAUAAUCUGAAAUGAAAUGGACAUUUUCAUUUGGGGUGUCUGCAACAAUCAUUAGCUGGACACGUAUUUCUACAUUUGAAAAAAACAAAACAAUGUCAAUUUAGAAGUGAUGAUUGAUUGUACCUGGGAAUGUCUGUAGGUACUGUUAGAGUAUGAAACCAUACUACGUGCUAAUUAGGAAACAAAAUUUCACAACCUUUCAUUGACAAUUAUAUUAUAGUUUCCUUGUCUGACAUUUAAAGAUUUUCAUUUGGUGUAUGUGCUGCUCCACACUGUUUGUACCUCAUACCUCAUAUUAUUUCUAGUUCGCUACCGUCUGGGUGUUGGAGGAAAGUUUUCAGCAGAGAGGGAUGUUGUCUUGUGCGAAACAAACAGAUGGGACGACAACUUGACCUACUUCUUCAUCUGGACCACUCGGAAUAGAAAAGAAGGAUGACUAGAGGAGAGGGAAAAUAGAGCUGUGUGAUAGAGUUCAUUGUGUGGAUGAACAAAGUGCAUAAAAUACAGAAUGCUACGAUUUGAUAACCGUGAGUUAAGACCUGCAAGACGUGAGAGACAAACUGGCGGCCAUGAGAGAGGUCUGGGAGAAGUGUGUCGGCCAUACCUCUACAACCCUGGGCCUGAAGUAACAGUGGAUGAGCAACUGGUUCUAUUCAGAGGUCGCUGUCCUUUCUGGCAGUUUAUGUCCAGCAAGCCAGCAGAGUAUGGCUUCAUGAUAUGGGUGGACUAUGAUGCACAAUCCAGCUUCGCUUGGAAGAUGCAAAUCUACACAGGGAAUGCAACCCGUGGAAGUCCAGAGAAGAACCAGGGGAUGCAGGUUAUGCUUGAUGUGACAGAUGGACUGACGGGGUACAGUGUGACGUGUGACAGUUUCUUCACCUCUUAUGAACUCAGCCAGCAGCUCCUGAAGAGGAGGAUCACCAUGGAACAAGAUUGUGGUCCUCCUGAGCACACUGCACAAACUGCUGAGGUCAGUGGUCAUGAGGACAGGAAGCUAGCCAUCAUCCUGGACUACAACCACAACAAAGGAGGCGUAGACAACCUGGACAAGGUGUUUGGAACUUCAAGCUGCAAGAGGAUGACUACCCGCUGGCUCCUGGUCAUCAUCCAUAACAUCAUUGAUGUGUCCUCAUCAACCAUACCUGGAUGUCUGAUAAGCUGA